AUGCCACCACGUUACGAUGGCGCGGCAGACUCAGCGCCGUUCCUGCUAGCGUACGAGGAGGCCGUCCUCGAAGCCGGAGGGGACGACAAGAUCAUGGCAAACUUGUUCCCCCUGGCCCUCACCGGCGAGCCGCGUGACUGGCUGCUCAACCUCCCGGGAUCCACGCUGGCGUCCUGGGGGGAACUCCACGACCUCUUCGCUGUGCGCUACGCGGCGCCGGCACACCACGCAGUCGCGGCACUGCUGGGCGGCUCCCAAGAACCUCCUUCAGAUCGUCACGUCAAGCCUUUCUUCUGUCAGAUUGGGGCAGCCUGCAAGCGCCCGGGGGCUCCACCGGGUUGGGCUACGCCGGAGGCCGACCUCACCUUCGACUCGCAAGACCACCCCGGCUCCAUCGCGGGCUCCCGGAUGCUCCCGAUGCUCUGCACACCCACCAUCUGCAACGUGGCCGUCAUCAAGACCCUCGUCGACGGCGGCACCGGCCGCAACCUGCUCCCCGUGGAAGCCUUCAACCUUCUUCAUGUGCCGCUCGAACGGCUCGGCCUCAGCAAGCCCUUCACAGGAGGGGACGCCAAGGAGGCCGUGGCGGCGCUCAGGCUCGCCUUCAAGACCGCGGCAGCAACACAGCUAGCCGGCGUCGUUACACCUGAGGCCAAGGAAACCGCGCCCACCAAGAAAAAGCAACUAUUCAGUCAAGAAAAGGUAGAGACCAAGCAGGUGCCGGUCAACGAGGACGGGUCUUCAAGAGCCACCUUCACCAUAGGAACCGGCCUUGAUCCAGGACAAGAAGAAGCUUUGCACGACGAGAAGGUCUCCAACAACAUCGUAGAAUACGAAGGCCUCAUAGUUGGCCUGAGGGCCGCGGCGGCUCUAGGGGUGAAGCGCCUCAUCGUCAAAGGUGACUCGCAGCUCCUCGUCAACUAUUCCAACGAGGUGUAUGAGCCGAAGGACGAGCACAUGGAGGCCUACCUCACAGAGGAACUCCCGCAGCCCCCGGCCACGGGAGCCCCAGCCUGUGGCCCCACCUCAGGAGCUCGGCUGCUCUUGGCGCUCAAGCCCCGGGAGGAGUGCUGGAUCAAGGAAUUCAAGGAGUACCUGAUGCACGGGACGCUACCGGAGAAGGAAGAGGAUGCAGGGCGCGUGGCCCGGCAGGCCACGGCAUACUGUAUCCAAGACGGCGAGUUAUACAGGAGACGAUUGAACGAUGCAGCUGCUGCCAUUCGUCUUUCCCCUCCUUCCACAUCCCAGUCUUCUCCACCCACGCCACCAAACCCCCGAGAUCACGCGAGCUAUAUAUACUGCAUAUUCUCCCGGCCCUGCAAAGCGAGGCCUCUAUUACUUACUGAUAUACCCGCCGAAAUCAGGAUGGGGCUGCGGACCUGCGGCGCCAUGGAAGGUGAGCACGUUGUCGCCUCGCCUUUCUUCGAGUGGUUGAAGCCGCCGCCGGCGUCGCCGUCCUCGUCGAGAUCGUCGUCCACUUUCUCGUCCUCGUCGUCGUCUAUGGCGUCUGGGCACCAAGAGGAUCGCAGCAGCGUGGCAUGCUUGCCCCUGCUCCGCAUGCUCGAGGAGGGGAAGGGGGCUGGUGGUGACCAUGAGCACCCUGCGCCUGCGGUCAAGGAAGAGAUCAUGGGCAGCGGCGCGGCCGGGGUGCUGGGGCCUGGCGUGGAUCUGAAUAUCGGCUUGCCGGUUGGUGGAUCUUGCGAUGAUGACAUCAUGGAGGAGGAGGAGGGCCAGGAGGAAGAUGAUGACCACGACUGUGACGAAGAGGAGGAGGAAGAGAUGGAUGAGUUGAAACCUACCCAUGGAGCUUGCAAGGUGGAGGCAGAGGAGAAAGAGGAGCACGGCGAGCCGGUGGUCUCGGUGGAAGGAACAAACAGCGUCAGCAUGCCGGAAUUCGGCGUGGUCGGAGCAGAGGGCGGCGUGCCCAUGGGCUGCGAGUACUGGAUCCCGACGCCGGCGCAGAUCCUCGUCGGCCCGGUGCAGUUUGUCUGCCAUGUCUGUAACAAGAGCUUCAACAGAUACAAUAACAUGCAGAUGCACAUGUGGGGCCACGGGCGGGAGUACCGCAAGGGCCCGGAGUCGCUCAAGGGCACGCAGACGCUGGCGCUGCUGAAGCUGCCGUGCUACUGCUGCGCCGCCGGGUGCCGGAACAGCGUGGCCCACCCGCGCGCGCGGCCGCUCAAGGACUUCCGCACUCUGCAGACGCACUACAAGCGCAAGCACGGCGCCAGGCCCUUCCGCUGCCGCCGCUGCGCCAAGCCCUUCGCCGUCAAGGGCGACUGGCGCACGCACGAGAAGAACUGCGGCAAGCGCUGGUUCUGCGCCUGCGGCUCCGACUUCAAGCACAAGCGCUCCCUCAACGACCACGUCCGCUCCUUCGGCGGCGACCACCUCCCCGUCGCCCUCGACGGCGCCACCGCCCCCGCCCCCGCCGAGGACCGCCGCAUCAUACGCUUCCAACGGUGAGAUCGUCGACCGGGCCGUACGUCUAGCCGAUCGUACUACAUAGUAGUAGAUCAUAUUCACGCUCGUAUAUACGCAUGCAUCAUGCAUGCAUGCUUGAUUUCAUCAUACAUGCAAUGCGUGCAAAUGCAAGAGGAGCAACGAGGUAAGUGAUAGCGCAAUAAGGGGGGUUCUCGACCAGUUGCUAAAAGCUGUGAAGUAGCUGAAUUUUCUUCAGCCGGACUGUGGGAGCUGCAGGCAGUGCUAUUAGCUAGGCUGUCAAUGCAGCUUUGUAAUGGAGAAAAUUUAUCAGCUUCACAGGCUAACUAAACUGGUUAUUUGGACCUAGUACUGUAUACAUAGCAUUUUGAACAUGAGAGAUAGCAAUUUAUGAGUACGUACAUAACGUUUACUUGUCUGUUGUAAUCUUUGAAGUUUUUGAAUUCUCAUUACUGCCAAACC